GCCUGCCAGCGUAGAGGGAAAAACACGGCGUUUAGGGGAGGAAACCAGAGCCGCUGAAUUUUCACCAGCUCGGCGUCAUCCGCAUCCGCCCAGGGUGAAGGUGCAUCCCGCUGCGUCGACGCCCCAAUGCAUCAUUUUGUGGGAUUAAUCUCGUGUCUGUUCUGACGCACGGAUGACAGCGUAAGCGGGGCCGUGAAGCCGCCAGGGUACCCGAACACCGCCGCUUUGUUGAACGGGAUCUGCUGUGACUGGACAUGAAUUCGGCGGAACAGACGGUUACGUGGUUAAUUACGCUCGGGGUGCUGGAGUCGCCGAAGAAGACCAUCUCGGAUCCCGAGGCGUUCCUGCAGAGCUCCUUGAAGGAUGGAGUGGUCCUGUGCAGACUGCUGGAGCGGCUCAGCCCGGGGUCCACGGAGAAAGUUUACCCAGAGCCGAAGAAUGACGGCGAGUGCCUGAGCAACAUAAAGGAGUUUCUGAAGGGCUGCACAUCGUUCCGCGUCGAGCCGUUUGAAGCCAGCGACCUGCUGCUGGGACUGAACUUCUCCAAGGUGCUGAGCAGCCUGGUCGCGCUGAAUAAAGUGACUGCAGAUAUCGGCGUGGGCAGCGAUUCGGUGUGCGCCCGUCACUCUUCAGCCCAUCGCAUCAAGUCCUUUGAGUCGCUGUCCUCUCAGGCUUCGCUGGGCCGAUCUUCUAAGCUUCUGCACAACCAGUUCCGCAGUCUGGACAUGUCGGAGAACAGCGGGCAGCAGCUGCUGGUGAGGGCCCGCUUCAACUUCCAGCAGACCAACGAGGAUGAGCUCACCUUCAACAAGGGCGACAUCAUCGGCGUGACGCGCCAGGAGGACGGCGGCUGGUGGGAGGGCACGCUCAACGGCAAGACCGGCUGGUUUCCUAGCAACUAUGUCCGCGAGGUCAAAGGCUCCGACAAACAGGUUUCUCCGAAGUCUGGCACCCUGAAGAGUCCCCCAAAAGGCUUCGACACGUCUGCCAUCAGCAAAACCUACUAUAACCUGGUGCUGCAGAACAUUUUAGAAACCGAGACAGAAUACUCCAAGGAUCUUCAGAGCCUGCUGACAAACUACCUGCGACCUCUUCAGGGCACUGACAAACUGAGCGGCUCAGACGUGGCGCUAAUUCUGGGAAACCUUGAGGAAAUCAGCACCUUCCAGCAGAUGCUCGUCCAAUCGCUGGAGGAUUGCACCAAGCUUCCAGAAAGCCAACAGAGGGUGGGUGGCUUCUUCCUCAACCUCAUGCCACAGAUGAAGGCUCUAAAUGUCGGUUACUGCUCCAAUCACCCCUGUGCUGUGAAUGUGCUCACCCAGCACAGUGAAGCCCUGGGGGAGUUUAUGGAGGGCAGGGGGGCCGUGAGUCCUGGCAUCCUCACCCUGACCACAGGCCUCAGCAAACCCUUCAUGAGACUGGACAAAUACCCCACCCUGCUCAAAGAGCUGGAGAGACACAUGGAGGAGAAUCAUCUGGACAGGCCAGACAUUCAGAAGUGCAUGGUGUCCUUCAAAAACCUGUCUGUUCAGUGCCAGGAGGUCCGGAAGCGCAAGGAGCUGGAGCUGCAGAUCCUCACGGAGACCAUCCGGCUGUGGGAGGGCGAUGACAUCAAGACGCUGGGCUCUGUGCUGUACAUGAGCCAGGUCCUGGUCCAGAGUCCUGGCUCAGAGGAGAAGAGCGAGCGCUACCUCAUGCUCUUCCACCACGUCCUCCUCAUGUUGUCCGCCAGCCCCAGGAUGAGCGGCUUCAUAUUCCAGGGAAAACUGCCUCUGUCCAGCAUGACGGUCACCAGACUAGAAGACUGCGAAGCCCAUAAGAAUGCGUUUGAGCUCAGCGGCCCAAUGUUCGAGCGUCUCCAGGUGGCGUGCACCCACCAGCAGGACCUGCAGGACUGGGUGGAGCACCUGACCCGGCAGAUCAAACACACCACGGCUACGGCGCCGAGCCACAAGCCGCUCACCGUCCCCUGCCACACGCUCCCGUCUCACCCCUUCACCCCGUCCCGGCACGCCGAGGGGAGGGCCAUGACGGUGGCCCCCACCUACCACACGCUGCCUCACCCCUCCUCCCACGGCCUGUCUCACUCCACCAUGGCCUGGGCCCCGCUGGAGCCGCCCAACACGCCCAAACCCUGGAGCCUGAGCUGCCUGCGGCCGGCGCCGCCGCUGCGGCCCUCCGCCGCGCUGUGCUACAAGGAGGACCUCAGUAAAAGCCCGAAAAGCGUGAAGAAGCUGCUGCCCAAACGCAAACCUGAGAGGAAGCAGUCUGAGGAGGAGUUCGCCUUGAGGAAGAGUACAGCUGCUCUGGAAGAAGACGCUCAGAUCCUUAAAGUCAUCGAGGCCUACUGCACCAGCGCCAAGACCCGGCAGACCCUGAACUCCACCUGGCAGGGCACCGACCUGAUGCACAACCACGUGCUGGCCGACGUGGACCGGUCCUGCGCGGACUCGCCGGGCCGCCGCAGCAGCGUGUCGAGGCCCGAGUUGACCUCUGACCUUUCGGAGGACUCUGACUAUGACUCCAUCUGGACCACCCACAGUUACAGGAUGGGCUCGGUGCCGCGCAAGAGCUGCAUCUCUCACCAGAACUAAAGAACGUACAGUACUGCCACGCUGUACUGCGAUGUAACGUACAGCACGUUUACCUCUUUUACCUUCAGUGUAUCAAAGGAAACUAGAUUUUUAUUUAUCUAUUUAUUUUCUAUUUAAUAUUUGUCCCUUUUCGUUAACUUAUUUGGUUUAUUUAUUUUUCAACGGUUUAUUUGAGGAUGUGUGACGCAUCUCCCCUGUUGCCUUUGCCACUUUCCCCUUUUAUGUGCCUCCUCUCUUUCUGUAGUUGUCAUGCAGUAAGUGUUUUGGUGAUUCUGGUUUAUUUCUCUUGAAUGUGACGCAUCCCCUCGUUCGACCAUCGCCGUGGCCGACUCUCUAGGCAGAGAGACGGGGGAUGCGGGCGUGACGUGGAGGGGAGGGGAGGGAGACCCAGGGGGAUGGAGGGAUGUGGGCUAAGCUUCUCCUGUCUGAUAUUCAGAUGUACUUCAGGAACGCGUGUACUCUAUUUACCAUGUACUGCUUCUCUCCGGUAUGUGUUUUUGGAGUAUAUUUGCUCAAACAUAGCACAGGUGUGACACAUACGUGCACACAUUUCCAUGUGAACGUGCCCCGACUGGCUGAUGACGCAGCAGCAUGAAAACAUGAGAACUUUUUUUUCCAGAAUUGAAUUGAUUUAUUUAUUCUUGCCACCAGCCCAAAGCAGAUCAACAUUCAGCUUAACCAGACAGCUACUGAAUUAUCAGAUAUUCCUCGUUACUUGAUUUCUUUCUUGGACUCUGCCGAUGUUUAGUUGUAGCUGCUAAAGAAAGAGGAGACGGACACAUGCAUUUUUACCAACUGGAUAAAAGCCAGUGGACUAAAAAAAGGUGUAUUUACAGGGUCUCCUCAUCCAUAUAACGAAAAACACCUUUAGACACUUAUACCUUCGUAGCUCCACGUGAUUAAAACCUAAUCACGGCUUUCAGACCCGUCUUAGUGGCUCCUCGACGGCUCCACUACAGUUGCAUGAACAUUUUGUAUUUUCGGUGAACUGACCCUUUAAGUGAUUAACGUUUAACAAAGCCUGAUGUUAGACUCAGUGGUUCCACAGGGUUGCAUUUACAGUACAUUUGGGCUUAAAUCAAAGCUGACCCGUGGCACCAGCCAGACAUUAACGACCCGGACGGUGAAACCCGUCACAGUCAUGUAAUAGAAAACUCAGCGCCUGUGUUUGAUAGCGAUAGCGCUUUGGGGCAAGAGUUUGGUGGUUUGUGCUAUUUUGCUUUCUCGCUGAGCUGUAAAAAUAAGUGUCACGAUGCGAUUUGUCCCUUCAGUACUUUCAUAUCUGAUGGAAGCACAGAGGUCAACUCGGCAGAAAGGCUGGAAACGGACAGACUGGCCCGGCCCAGAUCCAGAGAACAGCACAAACAGAAUGUGUUCAUUUAUGAGCUUUUAGUUGGCGGUUUGUCUGAUGCGUCAUUUACCUCUAUUCCAGUCUUUGUGCUGCAGCUCCAAACUAAAGACUUAGAGAACCUGGUCUGUACCUGGUCACAGUAAGCGGGUUUGUGCUGUGCCAGCGGAGCAGAAAGCGCCCCGGCCCGGUUUGUAGCUUCCUCCAUUCCCCAGCUCUUUGCAAGCCGUUAACGCAGGCAGCUCCCGUACCCACAGAUGUAACGACAGCAACCCUCAGGAAAAAAAGCACAAACCUGUUUGAACUGCAGCGGCUUCUGUUCAGAUCCCUUCCGUGCACACACCUGUCUGUGUCCUAGAUUCAAUUCGAGACCCCCCCAGGUCACGUCACCGCGGCCUGGUUUGAACAUCUCCUCCGCUGCUCUGCUUAGCUAACAUCAGCCCCGCGUGUCACCAGGUAACGAACUAGCACCUAUGCUACGGCCUCGUGAGCCAGACAUGCCUUUACUUUGUCUGUCUCGCGAGGUUUCCCCUGCUCUGUUGGAUUAAUGACUAUUUUUAUGAAGAAAUAUUUUUCCAGUGUUGGUAUUGCAGGUUGACAUCCUCUUAGAGUCUCCAUUUACAGGAAGCAAUUUGAGUGACAUGUGGAAUAUGUUGGUCCAUGUUCUGAGUAGUAUUUAAUGAAGUCAUUUUUUAAAAUGUUUGUUUUAGUUUAUUUUGUAUGUUUUAAUAAUUUUUACUUUGUAUGUCCAUGUUUACAAAACGAUCCCUGAAGAAUGAUUUGUUUCCUUUUACUGUUUUUUACAUAAGAGGAAGUGUUUGAAUUAUUUUGCACAAUCAUGUAACGGGCCGGGGGGGUGGGGGGCUUAGAUCUGUUUAACUCUGUAUUUUCCGUUUGUCUGCCUAGAGUGUGUAUGAAUAUAGUCCUAAAGGUAGACUUCAAUAUUAAGUGUUCCUGUAAAGUAAAUGCUCAUUCGUAGUGUAAAUGCUCACCUUCAGUGUUUGGAAGCAUUGAAGGGAAAAAAUGGGGGAAAUCAAAUGAACCCCCAAAUGAACAAACAAACAAGGGACGGUGGUUAUAAAUUGACAUUUGUAUGUGAACUACUCAUCCAACCUCUGAAUGGACUUGAAAACUAAAGAGCACAUAACGUAGUCUCCCCUUCUGUAAAUACUAGUUGUCAUGGAACAAGAAAAGAAACUCCAUCCUACGUUCUGUGAGUAUUUCAGCUUAGAAUAUCACUGUCCUUAUAUCAUGUGCUAUACUUUGUGACAGGUGUAUUCUGUGGUUUAACAAACGUCAGUGGAGCUGUGGGGCCGUCAGGGUGAAGACCGUCUUUGUCCUCUGUGUGCUCUUAUGCUGUAUUCAAUACACUCAUGUGACCAUGUCUGCUCUGCAAACAGCCUUCAGUGUAUUUGUUCUACACUGCUGAAGUGUUCAAGUCCCAAACGCUAUAUUAUGAGUUUUGAAUAAAUCUGUCAUUUGGUAGAAA